AUGGCUUGGACUAGACCGUUAGAACCAGCUGUUCCAGUCAUUUGGCAUACCUUCAGGGCCAAAGAUGGUGACGAUAGUGACGGCGGCAUCGUAACGUAUCAUGUUCAGGAUUUAACCGAAGACCGGUAUGAGGAUAUGAUCGAGCAUUUCCUAAACCACUUCAUAGAGGAGGAGCCGAUGUGUGUAAGUAUGGGUAUUCCGAAGGAUAAGCAAGCACGUGCUGGUUUAGUCAGCCUGUGGAGAUCGAUUUUGAAGGAAAAAAUGACCCUCGUUUGCUACAAGGAAGGGUCCGAUGAGAUUAUCGGCGCCAAUAUUAUUUCUGUUAAGGACGACGAAAAUUAUUUUGAAUUUGAGAUCAAGAAUGAGAAACAAGAUAAAUUGCUGAAUAUUGUUGAAUAUGUUUCGAAGCAAUUUAACCUCUGCGAGCAUUAUGGAGUCAAGCACCGCUUGGUAGCGUACGGUCUAUCCGUCAAUAAAGGAUACCGAGGAAGAGGAAUUGCAACAGAAAUUCUGAAGGCUCGAGUUCCGAUGUGCAAAGCACUGGAAAUAAAACUUGCUGCGCAUCCUUUCUCCGCUAUCGGAUCCCAAAAAGCCGCGUCUAAUGCCGGUUAUUUCACCGAUUAUGAAAUAACAUACGAUGAUCUUGCUAAAUUGGGUCCAGCAUACACGUUGCCAGGAAUCAAAUCCAAAAGUUUUAAGCUCAUGAGCUUUCCGAUCGAGUGA